AUGCACACGCAAGAACAGGUCCCAUCCUUUUAUAAGAUAGUGAGUCUACCCAGCUCCACUUCAUCAUCUUUCCAAAAUUACACCACCUCAGAAGCCUUUUGCAGAAAUAUUGGACUCGUCUCCAUUGAAGAACAACGUAAGAUUGAAUCGACUCGAGUGGCCGUUGCAGGUUGUGGAGGAGCUGGAGCAGGUUACGCAUCGACUCUCGCACGAUGUGGUAUUGGCUCUUUUCAUUUGGCUGAUCAUGAUACCUAUGAGCUUGUGAAUUUCAACCGACAACAAACGGCGACCAUUCACACCGUAGGAAGAAAUAAGGCGAUUGCAACUGGAGAAGUGGUUUUAUCCAUUAAUCCCCAUGCUCAUGUGAAAGCGUUUGAUCAAGGUAUUGACGAAAAGUCCAUUGAUGACUUUUUAGAAGGUGUCCAUGUUGUAAUGGAUGCCAUUGAUUUGUUUGCGCCCCGAACUCGAAGAUUAUUAUAUCAACAUGCCUACAAGAAAGGUAUUCCUGUAUUCACUGCUGGUCCAAUAGGUUGGUCAUGCGCUUGGGAAAUCUUUUUACCCACAGGUCCUUCCUUCGAUGAAUUUUGUGGUUUCACCGAUGACAUGAACGAUGAAGAAUUAAUCAUUCGACACAUUGUCUCCACAGCUCCAGGAGGUACUCAUCUGAAAUAUAUGAAACCAAAAAGUAUUGACUUUUCGAAUCAUGCAGCUCCUUCGUUGGGUUCGACCUGUACCAUGUUGCAUGGCAUGUUAUCCAAUGAAGUCUUGAUUUACAUCACCAAGAGACGAGAAGUGAAAGGAGUUCCGUAUUAUUUCCAGUUCGAUAGUUUGACUUUACAAUUUAAACAAGGGUAUUUGAGAUGGGGAAAUGCCAAUCCCAUCCAACGAAUUAAAAUAUGGUAUGUGAAGCGACUGUUGGAGAAGGGAAAGAAAGAGAGAGAAGCAGAAAAGAAAGCUUUGGAAUUGCAACAAACGAAAUAA